AUGCUCCUCGUCGAAACUGACGACAAUUCAAUGAUCAUGCUCAACUCGUGGUUCGGCAGCCAGAACGAGACGAAAUUUAUUGUUCAGGACGGGAUUACAAAUUAUAGCUCUACCGCACUCCCGCCGGAAGCGGUAUUUCAACAAAAUUUGGCCCUCGACAACCUCGAGCUCAACAAGAACUAUCAAUUCUGGAUGAUAUUCAGGAGGCUGGAAGGGAAGAAUUUAACCGAUCCUGUUCUAUCCACCGAUCAUACCAUCUACUACAUCCCAAACGCUAUCGAAGACUACCAAGUGUCGGUGAAUAAGGCGAAUAAAACCCAAUUCUUCACCUUCAUUCACACGUUAGGAUCUCCGAGUCCGCAGCUGUAUGUUUGGCCUUAUGUUGCGCCGAAUCCGAAUGAUUGUACCAUUACUCUGUAUUCUGGUGGAAUUCCCAGCCAAGUCGGAGCGGAAAAAUAUGACAUUUUUGAAUUUGGCGCAACUGACCCAGAUGAGCGCCGUUUCGCCAAGAGCCUUAUCGCCGGUUUUGCUGCUACGGUAGAGGUGCCGCCAAAUUGCGAGGCGGAUAUUUGGGCCCAGACGGCUGGUGGCUGGGACGUCGCAAAUGAGCUUGAAAUGGUAGCCACGAAUGAGGGCUUCGUGAUGAGCCAAGGAUAUCCAUUUUUAGCGACAGAACUAUCAGAUAAACCCAGCGAAAUUCAAGCGAUUUAUAAAGUGGACGACAGCGAAAAAUACGCAGAUCAGACGACUUUCCACGUUGAAUUGCUCCAUUUUGAUGCUGGGACGCCGGCAGGAAAAUUAUAUCUAGAGAUCGGCACCGAGACGCAGUUGAUUCUUUCCUCUUCUACCUCCCAGCUCUCCUUCUCCGGACAUGGCCCAAGCUUCUCGGUAUACUUCGAUACUAAUGAUGGCUCCGGAAAUUUCCUGGUCCGAUUUACAUCAUAUACGGAGCAAGAGCCAAGCUCCAAUACCACGACUCUGAUUCCGACGGAGCCUACUAAAAAACCAGCGACGACUGAACGGAAGACUGAGGCGACGAAGGAUACAACACAUGUUGAUGUGCAUAGUACGGAUGUGACGACGAGCCGAGGAGGUACGAAGUCGACUGGAGCGCCAGCCGAAUCGACUCCGGUAUCUUCUGGAGCACCAAGUGGCAGUUCGGAGCCGACGAAACCGACCGGAAUCAAGACAACCACGCAGUCGGGUUCUAGAAUGUCUCUAGCUCUUUGUAAUUUCUGUCUAGUUCUCGCACUAUUCAAA